AAUAAGCAAUUAAAAGUUAACAAAGUUAACAUCAAGGCGGAUUAUUAAAGCGUUGUUUAAUAAUUGUUUGAAGACUCCCUCUUGCAUGUCGUUAAAAUUCUACAAAAAUGGAAUGAUAGUUCAAGACGGCCCAUUACGAUCUUACGAGGAUCCAGCCACGACGUCAUUUCUUAAGGAUAUCUUGGACGGCUAUUUCCCUUCCGAGCUGCAAGAGGCUUAUCCAGAGGGCGUACCUUUUAAGGUGGAAGAUCACAGGAGCCAAUUGUUCUUGAACACGUCCGAGUUUCCUGGCCAAGGUUAUCGAUUGGGAAAAGAGAGCCUUGCCAAUAACACGAUCAUCUCUAGAUCUCGUAGACCUCCUACCGUUAACCAGAGAAUGGCUCGUCGUGGCGCCCCCUCCAGAGAUAAUCUGACUAAUUUCGAUCCCAACGCGCAACUUUUGUCCCCCACAGCCAGUCGAUUGGAUGGCGACGAUCGAUUCAGGCAGCGAUCGAGAUCUGCAAGUUUACCAAACUCUAGAUUUUCUAUUAAUUCGAGGUCAACACCGAGAGCGAAUAUUGAUGUUAAACAGUAUGCAACUCCUCAAAUCCAGUCUGGUGUAACGAGGAAGAGUCAACGUUCGACAAGAUCCGCUGUACCAGUCAGAAAGAAUGCACCUCCGAUUUUACAUCAGAUCAAUGAGCCAUCGGGAAAAACAGGCGAGCUCCGAUUGAAAGUCAGAUCUCUGAAUGGCGGUACUGUCUAUUUGGUGCAUGUAUCUGCCGAUGAACCAAUAGCUCGACUUUAUCAGUUGUUAGAUAAGGCUAUGUCAAGAACUGUUCCUCGAGGAUACAAAAUUGUUCUCAGCGGAUAUUCACCAAGAAGAUUGGAACAAUUAGGAAUAACUUUAAGAGAAAUUGGUAUUACUAGGGAUAGCGUUUUGCAUUUAGUGAACGAUUAAAUAUCAAAAGUAUAUCUAACGAAUCUCCGAAUUUAUGUUGUUUAAGAAAAAAAAAAAAAAAAAAAAAAAAAAAAAAAAAUAUUGUAAAAAUAUUAUAUUUAUGGAAAAUAUACACAUUAU